AUGGCACACCCGAGUGUGCUGCCGCGGGCCAUCGGUGCCCUGGUCUGCCUGUGCAUCGUCUUCCAUGCCUCAACCACACAAGCCGCGCCCCUCGUCACCGGUUAUGACGGCUGGACGUUUUAUCAAACAUCCGAGUACCGCUACUUUGGCGACACGUACAAGGCGUACUUUGCCGAUGCCAAGGCCGCCUGCAAAGCCGAAGGCGGCGAUCUGGCCAGCAUCAUCACCCGCGACGAGUACAACGUCAUCCUAGACCUCGUGCCCAACUCGAUCAACCAGGUUUGGGUUGGUGGAGAGCUCACUAACGGAGCCAUCACCAAUUGGAUCGACGGGUCCCUCUUUGUUGACACCACGCCAACCCUGUGGUUGACCGACGAGCCUAGCAACGGCCGCCAUGAUGGUUGUCUCAUUCUGGAUCAGGGCCGAGGUGGCCUGGACAACUACCGCUGUGAUCGCACGCGUACUUACGUCUGCAAGCGACCACUGGAAAUGUCCUCAAGCAGCACCUCCACCUCCACUUCGAAUUCGUACACGGGAGCGGUGAUCAUUUAUUCAACAGGCACCUCGGCCUAUUCGGUUGUCUAUCGGACGACGCUCUUGGGUCGCACGUAUGGCUCUGAUGACACCAGCAGCACGUACUUUGGCCAGACCAUGUCCAUGGGUGGUCUGCGUCUUGCAGUUGGGGCGUACCUUCACAACAACUUGGGUCGCGUUUACAUUUUCAGCCGAAGCAGCGCCUCCUCCCUGUCUUACGCGGACAAUGUCAAAGUGAUUGAACCUCCAUACACCACGACUAACACCAACUUUGGCUGGGGUGUUGGCCUUUCGCCGAAUGGCAACGCCCUUCUUGUGUCAGCGCCCAACAACGGCGCCGGUGUGGUGUAUCGCUACGAGUUUGCCAACAACGCGUGGACGUUGAAGCGCACGUUUACAGCCGAAUCCGCGGGCAUCAAUCAGCUUUUUGGCUAUGGUAUCUUGAUGGUGCCAGACUCGGAGGAAGACGGCGAUAUCACGGCCAUUGGCAACUCUCUGGCCGACACGUUUGCUACCAACAGCGGCGCGGUUGUGACGAUUUCCAAGUUCAAGUCGGCUUUCAGCGAUGAUGAUGAUGCCUAA